AUGGUUACCUCAAUCCCUUAUUAUGCGCAGGCUAAUAGGCAAGUAGAGGCAGCCAAUAAAAUUCUGAUAAGUUUGAUAAAAAAGCAUAUCGGGAAUAAGCCUCGAACGUGGCAUCAAACUUUAAGCCAUGUACUGUGGGCUUAUCGAAAUUCACCAAGAGGUUCAACAGGUACUUCACCAUACAAAUUGGUGUAUGGUCAUGAUGCAGUGUUGCCAUUAGAGAUAAAUCUAAAUACUUUAAGGAUAUCGAAGCAGAAUGAUUUGCCAGUUGAUGAUUAUUGGAAUGCAAUGUUCGAUGAGUUGAAUGAGUUAGAUUCGGAGCGGAUCUUGGCACUUGAAAAUGUAGUUCGACAAAAAGAAAUUAUUGCUCGAAGUUAUAAUCGUCGAAUUAAGGAAAAGUCUUUUGAUAUAGGCGAGUUGGUUUUGAAAGUCAUUUUGCCAAUGGAAAAGAAAUCGAAAUUUCUUGGCAAAUGGUCCCAUACUUGGGAAGGCCCUUUUCAAGUAAUAGGGACAUAUUCUGGAAAUGCUUAUCAGAUUAAAGAUAUCGAAUCGGAAAAAGUAGUUAACUCGAUUAAUGGAAAAUACUUGAAGCGAUUCUAUUGUUGGCAGAAUUAG